AUGCGCGGCCGGUCUGCGCCCGACUCGCGCCUUUCGCUGAAGCGAGUGGUUGGAACGACAUGCUCGUGCCCCGGCGGAUUUGAUACCGUCCAGUCUUCGUUUGCGUACUGCGCGGGGGCUGCUGUGGUCGUGGUGGACAUUGACGGGGAUCAAUACACGCAGCGCUUCUUCCGCGCGCGGCCAUCCGCCACUCCCACAUACCCAGCGACAACCUUCCACAACGCGCCCUCGACGCCGAAUGGAACACCGAAAGCAAACGACAGCAGGGGAAGGGCAGCGCCUCGCGACUCGAUCUAUGGUGGGGCUGACUGGUCAGACUCUUCAGGGUCUAAGACAUGGACGAGUCGGGAAAGAAUCAAGGCCGCCACAUGCCUUGCGCUGAGCCGAGAUGGGAAGUAUUUGGCGGUAGGCGAGACUGGAUACGCCCCAAGGGUUCUCAUCUUCAACCUCCAAGACUCGUCUUCCGACACGCCGUUGGUGUCGAUCAGCGAACACGCAUUUGGCGUACGCGCCGUCGCGUGGUCGGCGGACUCCCGGUGGCUGGCCUCGCUAGGAGAGGCGAAUGAUGGUUUCCUCUACGUGUGGAAGAUUGACCCACGCAAUGGCUCUGCCAGGUUGUUCCAGCAAAACCGCUGCACAUCGUACGUAAAGAGUAUGCUGUGGCUGGGCAACUCACUCAUCACCAUGGGUGUGCGCCAUGUGAAGGUCUGGAAGGUGGAGGAAAUCAAAGUCACGUCACCAACGAAGCAGCGCUUCCUGGCCGAAUCCGGAUCGUCAACGCCAUCUUCGCGCAGAGCGUUGCCUGGACGCAACGUUCUGCUGGGCAGCAUGCUCGAAGCCACUUUUACUUGCGCCAGCGUGAACGGCAAGAAGCUCGUUGUGUGCACAGAAGCAGGCGACGUAUGCAUCUUUGACGAUGAAGAAAAGCAGGUGAAGCUGGUCCGUGUGCUCAAUGUCGGCUUUUCCAUUACGUCAAUCAUCAUUCGAGGAGACGUCGCGUAUGUGGGCGGCGAGGAUGGUCAGUUCGCGACGUUGGACGUUCAAGGCGUCGUGGAAGGUGUCGAGUCGAGCAUACUGAGCAGCUCGAGAAGCUCGCGUGGGGUCGUGGCAAUGGGGUUUCUCACACACAAACUUGUCACCAUUGAUGCCAACCACUCCAUUGAUAUUUGGAACCCCGACGAUACCCCUGGGAGGAAUGCCAACGAGUUUCCGCACAUAACCCUACCUGGCCAUGGCGAGGCCAUUGUCGGCUGUCAGACCCUACCAAAUCCUAAUCGAAUGGACGCUGCCUUUUACACCUGGUCAGCGUCAGGGAUCGUGGCAUUCUGGGACCUCGAAGGUCGCGUCAGAUCGCUUCUUCGAGUUGACGUGGACACGCCCGAGCAGGAUGCCGAGCUGGGGAUAAUUAACCAGUUGACCUGCGCCCGGGUUUCAAAGUACGGCAAACUCCUGGUCACCGCGGAUCGCCAGGGUAUCCUCAAGGUCACCGAUAUAGCGACGGACGAAUGCAUUCUGGAUACAAAGGCUCACACCUCCGACUGUGUCUGCAUCAGUCUAUAUGAAGAUGACACAAAGUUUCUGAUGGCUACCUGUGGACGAGACCGCACGACGCAGCUUUUCCAUCGGAACUCCAAGGGUCAGAUUGAGCAUUUCCAGACCCUUGACUUCAACUCCAAAGUCGUCGCCGUGGCAAUUCCCUCGCGACACAUGGUGUUCACGUGCUCUAUGGAGAGAACAAUGCAGGUCCAUGAGAUAUUAUCGAGGGAGGACGAACCUGACGUGUUGGCAGCCGUGCCCCAUAAGGUCAUAUCACUAAAGGCCUCUCCAACAUCCAUGGAGAUGAGCCGGGAUGGAUCGACCGCUUUCGUGUCUUUUCUGGAUCGUUCAAUUUCCCAAUUUGAUCUGAACAACGGGCGGCAAGUUCACAAUUUCAAGUGUGUGGAUGAAGGGGGAGCCGAGUCUGCCGUGCUGGACUGUCUUAAUUUUGGCCAGUGGCCACCAAAGGACUUGGACUUCUUGCUCGGCGUGUCAAACACAGACAAGUCCAUCCGCUUAUAUGACGCCAACUCGGGCGCUUUCAUCGACCGGGAAUGGGGCCACACCGAGGCCAUCAAUGGAAUAUGCCUUAUAGAAGGGGAUGACGGGACGAAGAAAGUUGUCAGCGUUGGAUCUGAUGCAACUAUCAUGAUUUGGACCCUCGACUUGAACGAUUCUUCGCCCAGGUCGUCGAUAAGUAGGGAUCCCUCGCCCGUGAAAGAAGCCACUUCAGCUCGACCAACGCUGCGACGGGUUCUUUCCAAGGCUGAACUGGCCGAGUUUCAGAAGCCAAGCCCUGGAAAUCGGCCGUCGUCGCCUCCGAGGACAUUGCGCCGGCGAAGAUCACGCAUGAACCUGGGGGUGAACAGCAGCGCAAAGACGCCAACAGGCCCAUUGCAGGCCAGUCCGAGCAGCAGCACUAUCGCCGAGGACACGCCAUCGAAACGUCCUACUGGGGACAGCAGGCAGUACAGCCCUCCAACCAGCCCCAAGGGCAAGACUGUCACGCGUCGGCCUUCUUUGCCCGCACUAGGUCCGGUCGCGCGCAAAACAUCUGGCGGCAAUUUGCGGAGCGCUUUUGGCACCCUCAACAUGGCGACCGAGCAAACCUGCCGCACGCUUCGCGUGUACAGAAAGAAGCUAGAGUCCGCGGAGCCUCUAAGCCCCGAGGUGUUGGCGGAGUUGGACAGAGAGCUACGCUUGACCGCGGCUGCUUUGGGGGAUAGAGCCAUCCGGAGCAAGGCAAUGAACGAAACGGUUCUCAGCGGGCUCCUCGAUCAGUAUUCGGAGAGGCUCGUGACGUUGUUGGACGAGAAGAUGAGGCUCACGUAUCAGCCUCGGGCUCAGGAGAAAGGGAGCGAAAGCCCGGACGAAAGUCGGGCAGAAGUGCUCUCGUUCACUCCAGUCACCCCUAUCGUGGCGCCCAUCCAUCUCCUACCGAAGCAUCUCGAUCGCUGGCGAGGCGGACCCAUUCAGAGCAAGGGCAUGAAUCAACUGUCGACGUAUACCCACCUCGAGUCGCUGGUACUGUGGGAGUCGGUCCUCCAAGAGGGCGUCGAGCCAGCAGCAUGGCCGCGCAUCUCGGACCGACUUCUAAAAAAUGAGUUCAUCAAAACUGGGGAUAACUUUGACGUGAAGCGGCUGCAUUCGGACGCGCUCGAGAAAUGGUUCUUUACGACGCUGCAUCAGGAACUGUUGAUUGAGGAUCAUGGCAUUCUGAAUGGCGAUGGCGCAACGUCACCGGGUGGCACCGGGAAGAGGAAAUUGGAUGGAGGCUCGCCAUCCGCUACGCUGAAGGAUCUAGCGGAAAACCUAGACAAAGUCCCCAGAAUCAUCGAUCGGCUGUGGGAGCGAUACAAGACGCAAAAGGUCAAGGAGAUUCGGCAAAAGGAGGACGACUACGAUCAAACGCAAAGGGAGAUUUACGUGCUGGAGAAGAAUCAAGCGGAGCGGUCUAAGAGGCUGGCCAGGGAGAAUGGACAGGCGCAAGCGGCAUUAUCGCCCAAAGAGAUCAAGCCAGCGACGCCCAAGCUCCCACACAAUACGCCUGUGCCUCCGCCCACAGCCACGCCAGCCCAUCCGCCACCGGCUCCAUCCGCGCAGACUGCGUCAGCUCGAAGUCAGUCGGUUGGCAGUCCGGCUGUUCAGCCAAAGCCUCCCACGCCGAAUCCCCCAAUCGCUCUUCCUGCGCAGCACCAAGCACAACCUCCUUCAGCCGUCCCUUCUGGUCCCGUCCGUACGCCAUCUGCGGUGCAAGGGCAGCCAGCAAACGCUGGUAGCCCGGUUCUUCAAGCGCCAAACAGCGCUCAUCAACAGCCGCAAAGAGUGCUACAAGCGCCCCAGCAACAGCAUCCCGCCAAGGUCCCGAUAUCACCGCGACCUAACACCACUACACCGGUGCCCGCUUCUGCGGAGGGCAGCAUAGCGCCUCAACCGGCAGAUGUAGCAAAUGGCCCCGGUCAGGGUGGCCUCAAGUGGGAGAAGCCAUAUCAGCCGGCCGGCGCGGUGCCGCAUCCACAGCAUCCACCGCGCCCAGUACCAUCACCGGCUGCGCCCAGAGCUGCCACACCUCAACAGUACGCGCAGCAUCAACAGCAGUGGCAACAGCAGCAGCAGCAGCAGCAAGACCAGUAUCAACAAAAGAGCCAGUCCAUUGCCCCUGGAAUGCAGGCCAAGCAGUGCCUCAAAUCCCAGCAGCCACAGCCACAGCUCGAGCCGCCGACACUGGACCGGCAGCGUCACCUCAGCCCCGGCCGCAGACCAAGACUCCCGUACCUCCUCCUCCUCAACGACCCAUACAACCACAACAACCGCAGUCAGCACCGCAACCGCGACCUAUUGCGGCAGCUUCCCCCUUACCGCAGUCUCACAAUGGCCUGGCUGCACCUCCCCAACGAUGGCCACCAGGUCAACUACCUCCUGGGCAACGUGUUUCGCCUCCCACAGGCGCCGGCACACCAACUCCUCAACAGGCGCCAAACGAUCAAAAGCCUAUGGCGGCGCCGCAUGGCCCCCAGCAACCUCGACCAGCCAUCCCAGAACAUAUACUACGUCAAGCUGCGACACCUGUCCCUAGGCGGGAAGCUGCGCGAAGCCACCGGCACGCCUUUGGGCGAGGGACGCAGGCGCAGCGACUCUGUUGUGUCGGGGACCGACGAGCUUGCUUUGGAUCACCCUGACACCAUGCCAAAGGUCAAGGAUGAGACUUCAGGCCAUGAAGAGGGAGGUGAUACCACGGCUGAUGAGAGCGUGGCUCAUCGAAACUUUGCAACGCCCGGUAGUGUGUCUCGGAUCCUGAAGCGCAAGAGGCAAGAGACGCCAUCGGAACCGCCUGGCCCACCCACGCAGGUGUUCUGGACUCGAGGAUUCCACAAGGUCAGCUAUCAAGCGCUGGACCAGAUUGCCUCCCACCGUGACGGCAACAUGUUUCUCAAACCUGUGCGCGAACGGGAUGCGCCUAACUAUCGCCAGAUCGUUCUGCAGCCUCAGGACAUGACAGCCAUCCGCGCAGCCGUAAAAGGGGGCAACCAAGCGGCCACCCAGGCGGCUGCUAAUCUGCCCAAUGGUGACCCGGGCACUCCUGGUGUUUGGCUCCCCAUCUCGGAUGACUUGCGCCCGCCCAAGGGCAUCGUCAACAGUGCCCAGCUUGAGCGAGAGCUAUGCCACAUGUUCUGCAAUGCCAUCAUGUACAACCCCGAUCCCAACCGUGGGCCGGGGCAGGCCUUCAUGCGACGUACCCAGGAGGAGGAGGACGACGUGUUGGGCUAUCAUCUCGACGAGAAUGCAGUCGUGAGCAAUACGCAGGCCAUGUUCAUCGAGGUGGAGAAGCAAAUGGGCGAUCUGCGCGCGGCAGAGAAGGAUAGGUCCGGCCCGGCGCCCUCGUUGACACCCCGUCCGGGCAGCGUCGCAACGCCGGCGGACGACACGGCGGAGGAGGAGGACGAGCUCGCCGCCGAUGGAGACAUGACUUCUGGCACCGCCAAGAGACGACGCGUGAAGCCAUAG